AACAAAUUUGGAAAAAGGCAAAAUCUAAAAAUGGCUGCUUUCUUCUUCUCCUUCUUUAAACUUCCAUUUGACAUUUCACUUAUCCUCUGCCUUUCUUCUUCUUCUUAAUUAAACGUAAAUUCAUUUCCUCUUUUUUUUUUCUCCAAAAACCCAAUUCCAUUAUUUAUUCAUAGACCUGUAAUGGAUUCAGAUAUCCACCACCACCAUCACAAUAAUCAUAAUAAUAAUAAUAAUAAUAAUAAUCAGCAGCAGCAGCAAGAAAACAUGAACUCUGGUUUGACCCGAUACAGAUCAGCACCCAGUUCCUACUUCUCGAAUCUGAUCAACAGUGGUGUGUAUACAGACGAAGAUCUUGACCCGUUUUUCACCACCCGGAUUUCAAGCACUGAAAUGUCGAGAUUCAUGUCCACUGAUGACGUAAGCCCUGAAUUUAUGAAGCCAGAACAUGUGAAUUUCUCGCAACAGAUACUGUAUCAAAAUAAUAACAACUCGGUUGUUACGAGCUCAAGCUCAAGCUCCACUGUCGUUGAUCGGUUAACAGCGACGAAUCUUGUUCGUCAAAGUAGUUCGCCAGCUGGAUUUUUCGAAAACAUUAAUACUACUGACAAUGGUUACCCUAUGAUGAGAUCAAUGGAACAAUUUCGACUACUGUCACGUAUCCCUGAACACGAGGGAAAAAACAACUACCCUGGUGGUUCUUGGGACGAUUCGCCAAUGUUGACUGAUGGAUUGUUUCUCAACGAAUUUGAAGAAAAUCAAGAGAAAUUGAAUGAUCAAGGGAGAAUAACUCAAGCAACUCAUGCUCCCACUGGGUUGACUCAUCAGCUGAGUUUGCCAACGAGUUCAACUGAGUUGUCUGUGAAGGAGAAACUAAUGCAUUUUCAAGAUAAUGUGCCACUAAGGAGCAGGGCUAAAAGGGGUUGUGCCACUCAUCCAAGAAGCAUUGCUGAAAGGGUCAGGCGGACACGGAUAAGUGAAAGAAUGAGGAAGCUGCAAGAUCUUGUCCCAAAUAUGGAAAAGCAAACGAGCACGGCAGACAUGUUGGAUUUGGCUGUUGAGUAUAUCAAAGAACUUCAGAAUCAAGUUGAGGCUCUUUCAGACUGUCAACGAAAGUGCACAUGUCCACAUAAGCUGAAGUCGUAACACAAGUUUAAGCAUAGUUAUUUCUCACUUUUGUAUAUAAUAUAUAUAAAUUCAAGUAAUCGAAGAAAUAGAAGAUUCUUGUUUGGUAAUUUAAUUAACUCCAUUUGUUAUGUAACAUUUAGCAUAUUCUUAAUUCUCUAGUCAUUCUAAACAACAUGGAAUACUUGCAAUUAGGAGUGGUGUUAUGUGAAACAAGAAUACAAGAUAAACUUAUGUUGUUAGGUUGAUUUGUUCUGAAAGCUGAUUGUUCUUGACAGCACAAGACAAUGAUGUGAUAAGUGGAGGAUCUAGGAUACAUAUUCGGUGAAGCCCAAGUUUAGUUGAGACGGAAAAGGAGUGGGUCAAGUAGGUUGUGUAACAAGUGUGUAAAAGAAUCUCUUUUGUCGCACUGCUACAACGAUCUUUUUCUCAGUUACAAGACAACCCCGCUAGAACUUACAAAAGAAUCUCCUUUCUCGCAGCAGCGAUGAAUGAGAUUCUUCUGGUUCAAAGUGGUCUCUACACUCAUGUUGGGUCAUUUUCGAGUUGGGAACGGGGAUGCAGGGCAUAAGUGUGUACAUAUACAUGUAUAUUUGUCUACGCGUAUAAUACAUAGUUGUAUAUAUAGAGGUAGAUAUGUAUAAUUGUAGAGAGAAGCAGGGGAUAAGAGAUCAAGUGAAUCCCUUUAAAAAAAAAGUGUUAGCUUUCAUUUUAGAGAGGGGAGUGACCCUAGUGAACUUCUAUAGCGGUUUAGGACACAAAUAUACUUUUAUAGCCAUGAAAAUUAAUUACUAAAUUUGCUAUUA